AUGUUCCUAAACCUUAUUGUCUUUGCUACAUCUUUUGAUCUUCCUUCUCUUCGUUCAAUUAUGCAUAGGUCUGAAGACGAUGGACCUCUUUCGGGUUUCAAUGAAUGUGAAGGCUCAUUUCCAAAUAAAGUUAUUAAGUAUAAUUAUUACCCAAACCCAGCAAUUUCUGGUCAAAAAGUAACUCAAAAAACUCGUGCGAUAGACAAUGAGCCAAUCGAAGAUGGAUCCAUGAUGCACGUCAAAGCGUUUUAUAAAGAUUCUCUUGUACAUAAUCAUGUUACAGAUUUUUGUAAAGAAUGA